AUGCGCACUAUAAUGCCCUUCGCCUCCAACUCCCUCGCCAUCCCAAUGUCGUCUACACAGACAGCCGAGGCUCGCGAACAUGCCCCUACGUCCCUCAACUCCCAGGAGCUGUCCCGUUCCGCGUCGCCUCAGCAGUCCAAUCUCAGCCUCCUCGUAUGCGCCUUCCCCCAUCUCUCCCGACAUCCCUCAAUGUCUCCUGGAAACCCGCCCCCAUCUCACCCGGAGCCCUCGCUAUCCAUACAAUCCAUCCUGUCCUCUGCGCCACCCUCUGGGGCUCCUACGAACGGUGAGUGUUCAUAUAGAGACGCCAUCGACGCGUUUUCACGCGAUAACGAUCCUGUCCUCGCAGGAUCGUCGUCCAUGGCUCCCCCACCGCCCCCACAGCGCUCCUCCACCAAGCGAAAGCUCGACGGUCCCGACAUUGCCGACCCGCACAACAAAAUCCGUCGCGUCGUCCGCGAGCACAUCACCCAAGACCCUUCUCGUGUCAUGCCCAUGACUACCGUAAUAUGCCUGCACGCUGCGGUCGCGCAGAAGUCGUACGGGAGCGAGAAGCGUUUCCUGUGCCCGCCCCCCAUCGUGCACAUCGAAGGCCCCGUCUGGCAAAUGAAGCAUCAGCAUCUCUCCAUGUCGGUCGUCAACGAGGGCGGCGAGCGGACGUGCGAGCUCAAGGCCCCCAUGGACCACAACCUGACCGCGAGCUUCAAGUUUCUACACGUGACCGGAUCCGCGAAGAGCAAGAGCUUCCAGCUGUCCUUGGACAUCGCGGAGUCCGUCACGCACACCCCAGAGGGCGGUGACGGGGGCGCGCGCGAGCGUGUGUGGGCGUCGUUCGACUCCGCGCCCGUCACCAUCAUCUCGAAGCCGUCGAAGAAGACGGCGAAGACGCGCAACAUCUCCUCAUGCAUCCUCGCCGGCGGGCCGGUAUCGCUCUUCAACCGCAUCAACUCGCAGACGGUACGCACCAAGUACAUGACCAUUGAGCACAACCAGCUCUGCGCGAGCAAUGUUGCUUGGUCGGCGUUCGCGGUCAACGUCGUCCGUCCUCAAGGGAGCGAGAACCCUCUAGGUGGGCCGCAACCCGUAACGUACGGUAGCGAGAUUGUCCUGGCGGACACGGUCACGGGAGUGCAAACUGCGCCGCUCAUCAUCCGUAAGGUGGACAAAGGUCGGAUCGUUCCGGACGACGGCGGGCCGGUGAGCCAGAUGCAGAAGAUCGCUCUGCAGCGCGUCAACAACGACGGGACGCGGCACUACCUCUCGGCUGCUGGACCCAUCCCCGGCACGCCGGGAAUCAGCGCCCCACCAGCGCCGGGAUUGUCCAACCAGGCUGGAACGCAUCCGCUGCUGUUCCAGAGUCCGCGGAUACGCGAGGAGAUGAAGGACGGCACACGAGUCAUCACCGACGAGGUUGACGACUAUUUGUGUUGGACCAUCGUGGGCAUCUCGAAAUUCCAAUACACAUUCUUUGAUGCGUUUGGACUGAACAACAACGUCCCCGAGAUGCCUAUCACACCAUUUCCAACGCUGUUCAAUUCGCCUGUGUACCGGUCACAACACAACUUCCUCGAGAUGAUGGCGGCGAAUUUCUUCUACACCGACCCGAAGACGAAGGAGCAAACACCGUUAGACGUCUACGUGGGCAACCUAGGCCCUCUACGGCUACGCAUCUAUAAUCAUUCCCCUCUCGCCAUGGAUGGACGUUUCGACCCGUCAAUGCCGUUUGUUCCCAUACCGAACCUCUCGCAUGAGCCUCCCAACACGCCUAUCUUCGAUGAACGCAUCCAACCAGGGAACCAACGGAACGAUAUGGUACUCAAUCUGCCGGCGCGCCACUUGCACAUGAUGAUCGUGGUCGAGUUGCCGUCCAUGCGCGACAUUCUCCAAGCGAUUCAAGAUGAUGCGAUCCCGGACCCGACAGGCGACCCGGGAAAGCAGAGGACACCUCGCGACAAGAACGAACUCGGCUUUGAUACCUUUGGGCGCGACGUGGCAGGGCGGAGCUUGCCGUUGCUCUUUAUCCGCUCCUACGACGGGGUUGGCUACCACUCUGGGCGGGUCAUCGCCGCGGAAAACGUGCUGCACAACAUGGAGAUGUCUCCCCGACCUCCCGGCGAGGUAGGGGAAGAGUGGUUGGCUGCUGCGCGGGAAGCCGCGGACAUGGCUCCCCACAAUGGCUGGAGCCUCAAGGUGUUGUAG